AUGAUUUUCCUAUUUUUCAUUUACUAUCUCUAUUAUCCAAUAUUCUGGAUUCUCAAAUGGCUAAAUCCCGCAAAGUUAGUUUAUCUCUAAACUUUUUCUACAUAGUUGAAUCCAGAAAUUUCUCCUAGAAAUGUUGUAGUUUCAUGUUCUUCUCCUUAUCUUAUCAGUUGUCAGAGACCACGGUUUUUUUCAGAAAAUUUACAGCCCCCACGUCGAGGCUGAAAGAUAUUAUUCAACCGAAAAAAGAGGAAUGGGAAUAUGAUCAACUUGAUGCAAAUGUAUGUAAAUGAUUUUUAAAAAAAUAGAAAAAUAUCUAAUCUAGACAACAAAAUUUUUGUAGCAAGUUCUCACAUUUUCUGGAAGUUCGGCUUCCGAUGGUAUUAUUUUCAUUCAAAUCGUCAGACUUGCUGAAAAUGUUUGUUGGAGUAAAAUCUAUGUUUCGGAAAAUGGUGUGAAUUAUAGUGGAGAGUUUGAAGGAAGAUGUGAAGAGGGAUCGAGGAAAAUCAUUUGUGGUCCGCUUUUGGUUGAUAUGAGAAUACCAUUUCGAAGAUGGAGGGUGAACUUCAGGGGUCAUCUUAUGAGGUAAAAGGACCUUUUUUGUGAAAUUUAUGUUUUUGAGAAUAUAAUUUUCAUGUGGAAGCUGGCACAUCUGAAAUACUAAAACCUUCCAGGUUAGAGGGAAAUUCUCAACUUUAUAAACUUAAUUAUUUUUCUGAUACAGUAAUUUUCAUAAGGACUCAAAACCUGCCCUUUUUACCACAAAGUUGUUUCCAGUACCUCAAACUUCGAAAAAACAUUCCUAUCAAUUUCUGGUUGGUGGAAACCUUUAACAAAUGCCAGAUUCUUCUACUCCAACACAUCUCUUCAAUCAUUUUCCAAGAUCAUCGAAAAAUCAAAAUAUAAUUUUUUCAACAACCUAAAAACCAUCGAAAACUAUCGUCGUUCCAAAGUUUUCCAUCAAAUGGGCGAACUUCAUCUCGAACUUCGAAUCGCAAAAGAUCAAAUCAUCGAAAAUCGAUACCGUGGAUUGCGAGAGAAGACGAGUUUAGAUGAAAUCACAACAUCUACACAGAUUUCGAGUUAUUUGAAUGUGAGAAAAGAAUAAUUUGAGGGAAUUCGAUUAAAUCUAAAUCAGUUUUUUUUUGCAGGAUGGAACAUCUUUCACCUACUUAUCUUCGUCAGAAAUUGACCACGGGAUAUUCUUCAAAUCAGAUCACCGUGUAUUCUCAACAAAUUUGCAGAAUAUCAAAAGCCUCAAUGAAUCAAAUAUGCUACCGAUUGUUUUUACUUUUUCAUCAGAACUACCAUUUGAGAUAAGAAAAAAUGUUGAUUUGGCUGGAAAAUUCGACUAUAAAAGACCUGAUAACAAAAUGAUAAACAUCACCCUCAUCAAGGUAGCUUACUAAUAAAAAACAAAAUUGAAAAAAACAGGCUCUAUGUUUCAGAUAAAUUCAGGGCUCAGUAGAGGAUUUGCAUUUGUUACCCGUACAUCUGAAACUCUUCAACCAUAUCCAGAUAUCAAGUUAGAAAGUUUCCCAGAAUAUCAUGCUAGUGAACUCGAGAGAAACACUUUGGUGCUGCCAUUUGCUCACAGAGCUUGUCAGGAUAAGGGUUUGACUGGAGGAAAAGGGCGCGAAUUUGGCGAGACUUCAAGCAAUCACGAAUGAAUAUUAUGUUCCUGUUGGAAUUGUUGUUAGCACAACAGCUUUUGAUAAACAUGUUCAACUGAACCCGAAGAUCAGAGAAGUGAUUCAAAAAUUGGAUGAAUCUUCAAAUGAUGCGAUUGAAAUUGGAAUUAGCCUUGAAAAACUAUUUAUUGAGUCUGAAAUUUCGGAAGAAUUGAAAUCAAAAAUUCUCGAACUUCUACCACCUGCAGAAUUCUACGCUGUCAGAUCAUCAGCAGUUGGAGAAGAUGGCGCAGAUUUAUCAUCAGCUGGGCAAUUGGAAAGCUAUCUGGAUACUGUGAAAGAGGAUAUUUUCAAAAAACUCAAACUUUGUUGGGCUUCGAAUUUCCGACGUGAAGUUUUGAAUUAUCGCCGAAAUCAUGGUCAACAAUUAAAUCCAUCAAUGGCUGUUGUAAUUCAAGAAAUGAAUCGAAAUGGUGUUGCUGGCGUGUUAUUUACAGCAAAUCCAGUGAAAAUUGAUAGAUCUGAUAUGGUUAUAAAUGCGUUGAAAGGAAGUGGAGAAUUGAUUGUCAGUGGAAUUGAAACUCCUGAUGAAAUACAUUUUGAUCGAUUGAAUAAUCAAAUAACGGUGCGGUUUUAUUAAUUUAGAACUUAGUUUACGGGAAUGAUAUAACCAAAAGGUUACUGUAAAAGUCCAAACUUCAUAGAACGUUCCAAAUAUUACAGACAUCUUCUGAAAAUUGCUGCCUAUCAGACAAUGAGAUUCGUCAACUCUGCAAAGUUGGAGAAUACCUGGAACGUGUAUUUGGUCGCGCCCAAGACAUUGAAUUCGUAUAUCAAGAUGGAAAAGUGAACAUUGUGCAAAGUCGCGAUAUCACAGGACUCGAUAAAGAAACCAAUUUCGAAAUGUAUUAUGAACUUGACACUCCAACUUUUACAGAUAAAGAGAUUCUGUCAAAUGGAAAUGUUGGGUGAGAUUAUAAACGUGUUUUUGACAAUUUCUCAUUUUUUUCAGAGAAGUAUUUCCAGCUCCACUUACAGCUAUGGAAAGUGAUCAUAUGUGUAUACUUUUUGAUAAGAUUUUGAUGGUAUCACUCUCAAUAUUUUCAUCCAGAAAUGAAUAAAUUACUUUUCCAGAGCUUAUCAAUCGAGGAUUUGAACGAUCGAAAUUCUUGUCAUAUAACUACAGCAUUUGCUCUACACCAUCAUAAAGUGUUUAUGAAUUUUGGAGAAAUGAUGUUGAGAACUUGGGAAGCUUGCAAAAAUGACAGAAUUAUUGAAAUUGUAGUGGCUGGUGAGAGAUUAUUUGAUGAAAAGAUGUUUGAGCAAAGUGCUCAAAGAUUCGGAAAAGCACCAAAAACUUUGGAUAUUCGACGACUUUUGAAUAUGUUGUAUAUCGUAUUUGUGUCAUCUUAUAAAAGUUUGGAUAUAAUGAAAGAGGCAUCGAAAAGAUGUGCUGAACUUAUUCCAUCUUCAAAUUGCACAGUUGAACAAGCUAUUAAAAGUUAUGAAAAACAAAUUGAUCCUUGGUUUGAUGCAACAAUGAAUCAUGCAAAACUCUCAUCAUUUUCUUCAUUUACUUAUGUGAUUUCUGGAAUGCUUAUCAGAGGUUCGGAAAAAGGAGAUUUGAAUGAGGAUAACAUUUCGGAUUUUGCCAAUGUAUUUUCGAAUAAUUCGAGAACUGAUGUUAUUAGUGCAGAUGUUCCGAAUUCUUUGAAAAAACUAGCGGCUGCUAUCAAAUCCGAUAAUUUGGAGAAUGAAUUUUUGGGAGAAACUGAAUCGAAUGAUGCGUUGAGAAUAAUGCGAAAAGGGAGAGAAAACAUCGGAGCAAUUGGCGAGGUUUUUAGAACUUCACGGACAUCGAGGUCCAAAGGAAUUAUAUCUUGAUGCUAAAUCAUGGGCAGAAAAUACUGAUUUGCUAGUUCAUACGAUCAAGGUAACUUUUUGAAGAAAGAAAACUGCUUUUUAAUAGUUUUUUUAGAGUAUGUUAACAUGUGGUGAAACUGUUCAAAAGAAUAUCGAAAAUGAAGAUGAUAUUAUAAAUAACUUGAAAUGUAAACCACAAGGAUUGCGACGAACUAUGUUGAAAUAUUUCAUUGGACAAACGCAUCGAGGUGUUGCAUUCCGUGAAACAUCCAAAAAUCAUUUGGUUUCAUCAGUUCAUUCAGUUCGACAAACGUGUCGAAUAAUUGGACAGAAAUUGUUUGAAAAGGGUUAUUUACCCGAACCAAAUCUUUGGGCACAUUUAACAAUGGAUGAAAUAAAAGAAUUGAAUUUGACAAGGAAACCUGAACUUGUUACAAGAGCAAAAAGACGACAGCAAAUUGCUGGGAAGUUUGAAGGGUUACAAUUCCCGCUGAUUACACAUGGUCAUAUGAACCCGGUUAGUUUUAUGAAUCACUGAAUUAAAAAAAAAAAAAAACUUUUUUGUAGAUCAAAGAAGAUGAAAUUAUCGAUCGAACCGCUUCUCUCAGUCUAACUGGAACAACUGUUUGUGAAGGAAAAGUAACAGCUCGCGCAAGAGUUGCAAAAACCCUCGAAGAAGCUACAGAAACCCUGCCCGGGCGAGAUUCUCAUCACUCGAUUCACCGACAUCAGUUGGUCACCAUUUUUCCCAAUAAUCAGUGGAAUUGUGACAGAAAUCGGGGGACUUUUGAGUCAUGGAGCGGUUGUUGCAAGAGAAUAUGGGUUGCCAAGUUUGAUCGCUGUGCGAAACGCUACUCAACAUUUCAAAACGGGAGAUCUUGUGGAAUUGGAUUCGAUUAAAGGUGUCAUUAUAAGAUUGCAAGAGUAA